GGGGAAAGGAAGCCAGUUGGAGGAAGCCUGGCCAAGCAGAGGAUCAGAGGAUUGUGCUGAGCUGCACACAGCUGGGGUUACAAGCUCAAGGUUAGUGGCCCCCCGCACGUCUCCCCAGAGCUGACAUCUUUGGAGAGUUGUCUCAGGAGGGCACGGCGCCAUCUCUCAUCCCCGCAGGAAUUCUGAAGCUCCCGUUAGGAUAGACCCGGAUCUGCCCCCUCGGCUCAGCUCACCCUACCAUGCGGACUUUGCCCCUCCAGGUCAAGAGUGGAGUGUUAAAAUAAAAUGGAUGAUUUGACGUUACUUGAUCUUCUGGAGUGUCCCGUGUGCUUUGAAAAGCUCGAUGUCACGGCCAAAGUCCUCCCUUGCCAGCACACCUUCUGCAAACCAUGUCUCCAGAGGAUUUUCAAGGCCCACAAGGAGCUGAGGUGCCCGGAAUGCAGGACCCUGGUGUUUUGCAGCAUCGAGGCACUGCCGGCCAACCUGCUGCUCGUGCGUCUCCUAGACGGUGUGCGCUCGGGGCAGAGCUUGGGGAGAGGGGGCUCCUUCCGCAGGCCUGGUGUGCUGACCGCGCAGGACGGCAGGAGAGGCAAGAGUAACCCCAGAGCUCUACAGUCCAGCUCUUUCCGGCUGGUGCCUAAUAUCAGAAUCCACAUGGAUGGGGUGCCAAGAGCAAAGGCCUUAUGCAACUACCGAGGGCAGAAUCCCGGUGACCUGAGGUUUAAUAAGGGAGAUGUCAUCCUUCUGCGGAGACAGCUGGAUGAGAACUGGUACCAGGGGGAGAUCAAUGGAAUCAGUGGGAUCUUCCCAGCCAGCUCCGUGGAAGUCAUCAAGCAGCUGCCCCAGCCACCCCCUCUCUGCCGGGCCCUCUACAAUUUUGACCUACGAGACAAAGACAAGAGUGAGAGCCAGGACUGCCUGAGCUUCCUCAAGGACGAUAUCAUCACCGUGAUCAGCCGAGUGGAUGAGAACUGGGCAGAAGGCAAGUUAGGAGAUAAAGUCGGCAUCUUCCCAAUCUUGUUUGUAGAGCCCAACCUCACUGCAAGACACCUCCUAGAAAAGAACAAAGGCGGUCAAUCGGUCCGCACAAAGAACCUGUCUCUGGUACCCUCAUGCUCCCGAAGCAAAGCAGCCAACACGCCCACCCUCCGCAGGGGCCCUGGGUCCAGGAGGAAAGGGCCCGGGCAGUUCUCCAUCACAACAGCUUUGAACACUCUCAACAGGAUGGUCCAUUCUCCCUCGGGGCGCCAUAUGGUGGAGAUCAGCACCCCAGUGCUCAUCAGCUCCAGCAACCCCUCUGUGAUCACCCAGCACACGGAAAAAGGAGAUAUUCCUCCCAGCUCUGUGGGGCAGGUCAGCACUUACCAUCCCAUACCUGGCUCCCCAGGACAUUCCGCAGCCAUCGUCAAUCUGUCCGGCUCCCAGCAACACCUCUCAGCAAACAUGUUUGUGGCCCUGCACUCCUACUCAGCCCAUGGACCCGAUGAGCUGGACCUACAGAAGGGAGAAGGCAUCAGGGUCCUGGGCAAGUACCCAGACGGCUGGCUCAGGGGCGUCUCCUUGGUCACUGGGCGGGUUGGCACCUUCCCCAACAACUAUGUCAUCCCCAUUUUCAGAAAGACAUCUAGUUUUCCAGAUUCUCGGAGUCCUGGUCUCUACGCCACAUGGACGUUAUCCAACUCCUCUGUGUCCUCCCAAGGCAGCAUUUCAGAAGGUGAUCCCCGGCAGAACCGUCCCUUCAAGUCCGUCUUUGUGCCCACCGCCAUAGUCAACCCCGUGAGGAGCACAACCAGCCCGGGGACUUUAGGACAGGGCUCUCUUCGGAGAUCCGGGAGGAGCAGCAUGAGAAAGAGUAAGUGGUGGCAGAGAGAUGGAUCCCUGCAGAGGCCCGUCCAGUCAGGGAUCCCCGCCCUGGUGGUGGGCUCCCUCAGACGCAGCCCCACCAUGGUGGUACGGCCUCAGCAGUUCCCGUUCUACCAGCCGCAGGGGGUCCCCCCUGCCCCCUCCACGGUGGUGGCGGCGGAACUGGGACCGCAGCCCACUCCCACCGGGGAGCCUGCCCUCACGUGUGUCAGCAGAGGCGGUGACACCAGGACCCGCUCAGCCGCCAGUUCCCUCAUCAUGGAAGGCAAGGAAAUCCCUGUCAAGAGCGAGCCUCUACCUAAACCACCUGCAUCCGCCCCACCAUCCAUCCUAGUGAAACCAGAAAACUCCAGAAAUGGCAGCGAAAAGCAAGUCAAAACUGUGCGAUUUCAGAAUUACAGCCCUCCUCCGGCCAAACAGUACACCUCCCACCCCACGUCAGGAAAGCCUGAACAGCCUGCCAUCCCCAAGGGGUCCCAGCCCGAAGCCGCCCCCUCAGGCCCAGAGAUGACCGUCCUAUUCGCCCACCGAAGCGGCUGCCAUUCAGGACAGCAGACAGACCUCCGGAGGAAGUCGACUUUGGGCAAGACCACCACCCCAGUGUCCACUGCUUCGGCGACACAGACCGUGUUUCCCAGCAAAUGAAUCUACGGGUGGCUUUUCCCAGACCCCAAAGAGACCCGGUCUUGGUCAUCUUCCCAGGAGGAGCUAGCAACAAGCGGGAUGCUGAAGAGCACAAAUGAUCUGCUGGGAUGGAAACUGCUCAGUGGAGAGUUUGUGGACCACGUGAUAUUCCUUGGACAUCAGGGAUGGUACCGGAAUACCAACAGGCUGGCCUCUGGGACAGAAAGGCAAUAGGAGAAAAAACAAAUCUGUCUUCAUCCAGAGUAUCCGUGGGUGGUGAGCCAGGAUGGGGAACAGCACAUGAGCCAUGUUCUGUUCCAGGUUACAGCAGAUUCCCACCUCUCCUGGUAGUCAAAGCCAAGCUUUGUCUUGCCAGUUUCUCACACCUUGGCACCUCACUGACAAAUGAGAAGACUAGACUUCAGGUUCCUUCCAGCUCUGUGACUGGCCUGUCUGUGCAGCUCACAUUUGGAGCAGUGCAGGUAGGGGAUGGUAUCACAUUCUCCUCUUGGAUAUUCAAGCCAGAGAAUCCAAUGCUUCUUCACAACACCCCUAGCCUUCACCCCCUCUCCUGACUCCCACCAAGCUUCCUGUGUCCAUCCACCACAUCUUUGUUUUUUUCCACUCCAAUUUCAUGCUGUCUUUUACCCCUGACACUCUCUGGUCCAGAGGAUUUCUGUUCCAACAUACUGAUCAAAGAAAUGAGGAAUUGGUACAUAAGGAAUCUCAGAAGAAAAUGAUGAUGUAAUAAUAGAAAUACCACAGAUUACAGUG